UUCAGCAGCUCCAGACACACACAAAGUAGCUCUCAUUCAAAGAGCUUUCUUCUCGGAUCAAAAUCGUGAAUUCUUAAUAAACCAGCUUCUCUCAUCUCUCUCUCAAUCUCUGAAAAGUUGAAAGGCGAAAAAAUGGAAGAGUUUUUGUUACAUGGAAGGUUACACGCUACAAUCUAUGAAAUCGAUGCUCUCCAUGCUACUCAAGGAGGCAGAUCAGGCUUCUUAGGAAAGAUGCUAGCAAAUGUAGAAGAAAAGAUCGGUGUUGGUAAAGGAGAAACUCAGCUAUAUGCUACAAUCGACCUAGAGAAAGCUAGAGUUGGAAGAACAAGAAAGAUAACAAACGAACCAAAAAGCCCAAAAUGGCAUGAGUCAUUUCAUAUCUACUGUGGUCACAUGGCCAAACAUGUUAUCUUCACUGUCAAAGACGACAAUCCCAUCGGUGCAACGUUGAUAGGAAGAGGUUAUGUCCCCGUUGAGGAUAUUCUCCACGGAGAGGAAGUUGAUAGAUGGGUUGAGAUUCUAGACACUGAGAAGAAACCCAUUGAAGGAGGAUCAAAGAUCCAUGUGAAGCUUCAGUACUUUGGUGUUGAAAAAGAUAAAAACUGGAACCGUGGUAUCAAAAGUGCUAAGUUUCCUGGAGUUCCUUACACUUUCUUCUCUCAGAGAAAGGGAUGCAAAGUUUCUUUGUACCAAGAUGCUCACAUUCCUGGAAACUUCGUCCCCAAGAUUCCUUUAGCUGGAGGGAAACACUAUGAGGCAGGCCGGUGUUGGGAGGAUAUCUUUGAUGCCAUUACUAAUGCAAAGCAUUUGAUUUACAUUACUGGCUGGUCUGUUUACACUGAGAUCUCUUUGGUGAGAGACUCAAGGAGGCCUAAAGAAGGAGGAGACGUGACUAUUGGUGAGAUACUCAAGAAGAAGGCAAGUGAAGGUGUUAAAGUGAUCUUGCUUGUGUGGGACGAUAGAACAUCUGUUGAUCUGCUGAAACAAGAUGGACUUAUGGCUACUCAUGAUGAAGAAACUGCUAACUUCUUCAGAGGAACCGACGUGAACUGUGUUCUGUGUCCUCGUAAUCCUGAUGAUGGUGGAAGCAUAGUUCAAAACUUGCAAGUCUCGACUAUGUUCACUCAUCACCAAAAGAUUGUUGUUGUGGACAGCGAAAUGCCUGGAACAGCAAGAACAAAAUCAAGAAGGAUUGUGAGUUUCGUUGGUGGUCUUGAUCUUUGUGAUGGAAGGUACGACACCCCGUUUCACUCCUUGUUCAGGACGUUGGACACUGCGCAUCACGAUGACUUCCAUCAACCGAACUUCACUGGGGCGGCGAUAACAAAAGGUGGUCCGAGAGAGCCGUGGCAUGACAUUCACUGUCGUCUAGAAGGACCUAUUGCAUGGGAUGUCUUGUAUAACUUUGAGCAGAGAUGGAGUAGACAAGGUGGUAAAGACAUUCUGGUUAAAAUAAGAGACCUCGACGAUAUCAUCGUCCCUCCUUCUCCUGUUCUGUUCUCAGAAGAUCAUGACUCGUGGAACGUUCAGCUGUUUAGAUCAAUAGAUGGUGGUGCAGCAGCUGCGUUUCCUGAGUCCCCUGAAGCUGCUGCAGAAGCAGGUCUUGUGAGUGGUAAAGAUAAUAUAAUUGAUAGGAGUAUUCAAGAUGCAUACAUUCACGCGAUUCGACGAGCUAAAGACUUCAUCUAUAUCGAAAACCAGUACUUCCUUGGAAGCUCCUUUGCUUGGAGUGCAGAUGGAAUCAAACCUGAGGAGAUCAAUGCUCUUCAUUUGAUUCCAAAGGAGCUAUCUCUGAAGAUUGUUAGCAAGAUCAAAGCUGGAGAGAAGUUUAAGGUUUAUGCUGUUGUUCCAAUGUGGCCUGAAGGGCUUCCUGAGAGUGGUUCAGUCCAAGCUAUAUUAGAUUGGCAGAAGAGAACAAUGGAGAUGAUGUACAAAGAUGUGAUCAAGGCACUUAGAGAGAAGGGACUUGAGGGAGAGGAUCCAAGAGAUUAUCUAACAUUCUUCUGUCUCGGUAACCGAGAGACCAAGAAAGAUGGAGAGUAUGUGCCUUCAGAGAAACCUGAACCGGACUCAGACUAUAUGCGAGCACAAGAAGCACGCCGCUUCAUGAUCUAUGUUCACACUAAAAUGAUGAUCGUUGAUGAUGAGUACAUUAUCAUUGGGUCCGCAAAUAUCAACCAGAGAUCAAUGGAUGGUGCAAGAGACUCAGAGAUAGCAAUGGGAGGCUAUCAACCAUACCAUCUCUCAAUAAGACAACCAGCUAGAGGUCAUAUCCAUGGAUUCCGCAUGUCAUUAUGGUAUGAACAUUUAGGAAUGCUCGAUGAAACAUUCCUCGAUCCAUCGAGUCAAGAAUGUGUCCAGAAAGUUAACCGUAUUGCUGAUAAGUAUUGGGAUCUUUACUCAAGUGAGUCACUCGAACAUGAUCUCCCUGGUCAUCUACUUCGCUACCCGAUUGGUAUUGCUAGUCAAGGAGAAAUCACUGAGCUACCUGGAUGUGAAUGCUUCCCCGACACAAAAGCUCGUAUCCUCGGUACUAAAUCUGAUUACCUGCCUCCAAUUCUUACAACCUAAGGUUCUAUGGCAGUAUCUAAUUGGUAAUAAAUAACUAUCUCUCCUCUUUUCUUCUGCUGCAAUAGCUUUUGUAAUAAAACAGUUAGCUUCAUUGUCUUUAGUUACUAAUAAGUUCUAAUAUCGUUGGUAUUGUGUUUCACCGCUAUGCUUUUGAUUUUCGUUCGCGCGGAGAGAAUGUAGUCUUGUGCCUUUUGGUACUUAAUUAUUUUGUUGCUAAUUUCUUAUGAACUUA